CGGCGGCGGUGUGAGGCGAGGCGGCGCGGCGGACCGAGCCCGGCCCUGAGGGGAGCGGCAGCGGCAGCGGCACGACGCGAUCCGUCGCCGUCCACCUCCCCGAGCCCGGCCGGGGGAGCGAUCCCACGGCCCUACCCGCAUCCUGAGGGGAGGAAGUAGGGCAAGAAAAAAAAAAAAAAAAAAAAAAGAGAGGAAAAUUCGCGGAUCCCAACCGCGUGGAGUGGAGCGAAAGCCAGCGAGCGGGGCGGCGGUACCAUCAUCAUGUCGGCGGGCGGGGACUUCGGCAACCCGCUGCGGAAAUUCAAGCUGGUGUUCCUGGGAGAGCAGAGCGUGGGGAAGACUUCCUUGAUCACCAGGUUCAUGUAUGACAGCUUUGACAACACCUACCAGGCCACAAUUGGCAUUGACUUCUUAUCGAAAACCAUGUAUUUGGAGGAUCGAACAGUACGGUUGCAAUUAUGGGACACAGCAGGUCAAGAACGGUUCAGGAGCUUGAUUCCUAGCUACAUUCGUGACUCCACUGUUGCAGUUGUUGUUUAUGAUAUCACAAAUGUCAACUCGUUCCAGCAAACCACAAAAUGGAUCGACGAUGUCAGAACGGAACGGGGCAGCGAUGUCAUCAUUAUGCUGGUGGGAAAUAAAACAGAUCUAGCAGAUAAGAGGCAAGUGUCCAUUGAGGAAGGAGAAAGAAAAGCCAAAGAGCUGAAUGUAAUGUUCAUUGAAACUAGUGCGAAAGCAGGAUACAAUGUAAAACAGCUUUUCCGACGCGUGGCAGCUGCCUUGCCUGGAAUGGAAAGCACACAAGACAAAAGUAGAGAAGACAUGAUUGACAUCAAACUGGAAAAGCCUCAAGAGCAGCCUGUCAGUGAAGGAGGCUGCUCCUGCUAAUACCGCGUGGCUUCUGACUUCCUCCAGAACAUCACUGCUUUCCCUCCCUUUACUCUUCAUUGACUGCAGUGUGAAUAUUGGCUUGAACCUUCCCCUUUCAGUAAUAAGUAUUGCAGUUCAUCAUCGCUGGCUGUCUCGUGGAGAUGAUCUAUUAGCUUCACAAGCACACACACACACACACACACAAAGAAAAUGUCGGUGUCUUCAUUAUUUAUAAGAAAAAGAGGAAAAAAAAAAAAGCCAAAAUAUUCCGGCGUAUUCUAGUUAUAACUUAAAAAGACCAAAAAAAAAAAAAAAGACAAAAAAAAAGAAAAAACCCACCAAAAAAAAAAAGAAAAAGCAAAGAAAAAAUAGGUACAAUUUCUUAAUAUUUGUUCCUUUUUUUAAUAUGUUACGAUACUGCACUUUGAAAUGAUGGAACCCCGAGCAAGUUUGGAGUUGGACAUAGGUGAGAUGUACGUGCAGAAGGGCGCUGCCAACCGUCCCUGCAGCGUCUGCCCCUGUGGGGGGAGCAGAGGAGAGAGCUCCAGUGCUGCCCUUGCCCUGCAGUCACACGGCUGGUGGCUUAAAGCUGAGCUCCUGUGCUUGGAGCAGAGGUAGCACAGGUAGUUUGCAGAGGGGUUGGAGCGUGGGGUCUUGUGAGGGGGGGAUGAUGGGAAGCAGAAGGAUCUGGGGGAUGGGAGGGAUGUGUGCGCGUUAGCAAAACGCUCGCAGGGAGCGAGGAGAUGUGAGAGGAGCUUGAGAUGGCUUUGAAGAAGCGUUUUUUCCUUUUACGUAGAAGAAGAAGAAGAAAAGAAGAAGGAACGAAGCGGUGGCUGCGCGGAGAGGUGGGAGCGUGGCAUUGCAGCCGCUGGGAGGACGUCAGCGUGGCGUUUCCAUGGUUAAGAAAGGGGAGGUUUGGAAAGGAAAGCUGCCUGAGCUGAUGGGGACGUGGGAGUUGGGCAGGAGGAAGGAGCGGAGGCGGCCUUCCCAGGCCGUGAGGGAGGGCGGCGGGCACGGCCGUACUGCAGUGGGGUCUCAUGGGGGUCCCACGGGGAGCCAGAGGGGCAGAGAGGUGGGUGGGAUGGAAGCCAACUUAAGGCGAUGCAGACGGAUGCCUUUAUUUUUUAGCUUUUUAUUUUUUAUGUUGGGUCUUCCAGUUGGGUUAGUUCUGGUUUCUUUUUUUUGCAUAGAGCUGUAGAGGUUGGUUCGAUCCGAGUCGCUUCGUUUUCUGUUGAACUAGGCUUCUAAUUAACCGUUCCUCUUUGAUAUUUAUUUCUCUGCUUAAUUUUUUUUAAACUCUUUUGGGUAAUUUUGGUGGUAUUUUUGCAAAGGGGUCUGUGUAGAGCUUUGCUGAUGGGGCGAGAUGCAUCUACCCGAGAAACACGGACGGAACACACUAGAAGUGCACCCUUUUACUCUUUACUAGUCAUUGUGAAGUUGCUGUGUCAGUUAAUAAACACAACUGUAAAUACAUUGUUUGCUGGGCGAAUAAGGCUGAGAUCCAGUGCAGGAAGGGGUUCUUGAGUCUGCGUUGCAUUGCUGCUCGCCAGCAGCUGCACAUCCGGGCGCCUCUUGGUUCUCCUCUGCCCUGAAAUAAGGAAGGGAACCACCCUCACCACCCCGUGCACCAGCAGUGGCUGUAACCUCCUGGGCUUCUCCAUUCCCAGUGCCAGGCUCGUGCCCUGCCCUGGCUCUCUAGCAACUCUGCACAACAAGAACUUCAAAGGCAGAAUGAGCUGUAAAGUGCUUUUAUAAUGCGAUAUCAGAGGCAAGGUUUUUUUUUGGUUUCGUUUUGUUUUGUUGUUUGUUUCUUUUUUUUUUUUUAACGUGGCAUGUCUUGAAAUAAACAUCAAUGAUACGUGACAAA